CCACCCCCCCCUUCCCUCUCCGGCUCAUAUCCCAUCGCCCGAACUCUCGCCUACACACUCCCCCGAACCACACAACCAAAGAUAUGAACAUGAACACCGCACCACACCCCGCAGGCGAGCACACACCGAGCUACACACACAGUUAGACGCCACGUCGCCUCUCGAUUUGGCGGGAUCAGGUCCUCCUUGCUCUUUCCAGUAAAUAAGGUUUCUCCGCAUUGUGUAGCUUCGUAUCGGCUCGCAAUCGCAUCCCCGCGCGUCUCAGCCCUGCGCUCAUCUCGUAACGGUAGAUCAGGAGGAUGAGGAAGAUCCCCGCUCCGCUCCGCUCCCGCGUGCCUGGUGCGUUCCCCGGUCCAAGAACGAGACUACCGGUAAUGCCGGUGGCAAGGCCAAGUUUGGUUUGUCGAUCGAUUGAAAAUCCUGCUUUCCUUUCCUCUCAUCUCCAUCCCUUCCCUCUCGCUCAAGUAGAUUCCUCAACCACACUACCCCAUGCCCCCCCCUCCACCCCCCCAAGAAAGAAAUUCAACUCGCUCGGCCCGCCCCCACUAUACUCAUUCUCAGCCAACUGCUCCAGCAGCGUCAAAAACGGAUCCUUCUACCCAUCCCCCUGUCCUCCCACCCCCCGUCCUCCCCCAUUCCCAAGCGCGCCCGCUACACCGCAUCCACUCCCCGGUGAGGGCGUUUCCGCGUAGAGAUCGGUGCCGGGGGGUGCGGUGGAGAGGGGGUAGAGCCCUCCACCCCGCUGAACUGCGCGGCAUUGCCAUUGCCGUUGCCGUUACCAUUCCUCAGAUGCUCGGGGUAACCGUUGCCGGCGCCGAGGGACAUGGACGUCCUCGAGUGUCGCGGGGCGGAUGUGCCCCGUUGCUGGUGAUAGGGAAGGAAGAGGAGUUGAAGAAAUCGAGGUGUGGUAAGGUAUCUGUUGUUGCUGAAGUCGGGUUGUUGCCGUUUGUGGAGGAGUCGUGGAGGCGCGUAGGAAGCUCAUUCCCCUCCCCCGCGUCUUUCUUCCUCUUCCCCGUCGCCGUCGUCGCAGUAGUUGGAUACGCCGCUAUCCCAUCCGGGAAAUGCGACGACGCCGCGGGCAUCGCAUGCAAAUUAUGCGCGCGAUACUCCUCAUCCGCCGCCGGAUGCCUCAACGACACCUCCGCCAACGAGGCAUGCGCGCCAUCAAACGACGCCCCAGGUGCCGCAUACCGAUCAAAGAAAUCCUCCAGAUGA